AGAGAGGAGCCUGGGCUCCCGCCCCGCGGCUCCGGGAUCCGCAGGACUCACCCUAAAGAAUUUAGCGUAGAGCACAGUGCGGCCCAGCUCGCGGGUAGUCUCGGCGCCUGCGUAUUCUAAAGCUUCCUUUUGGCCUGUUUCCUAUCACACCAGCCCAGUGCUUUGCGUCUCACUUGAGCCAGGCUGGCUUCGUUGCCUGGUGUGUACGUGGCUCUACAAGUGCUUUUCUUAGCAGCACACCCAGCACAGUCAGGCACUGUUACAUGCACUUGAAAUGGAUUAGCCCGUGUAAUGCUCAACACCACAGGAGAUGGGUACUGGUACUACCCCCACCUGCCAGUGGGAAAGAGGCAGAACUAGAGUCAAACCCAGGCCAUCCGCCUCCAGAGUCAGCCCCUUUGCUCUGCACCUGGCAAAUGGGGCUCUGGGUGGGUGGGUGGUGAGGUCAGCUGCCUCCCACACCCCGCAGGCUGUAAGUGGUCUGAGUCUCACAUUGUUGCUCUGUCUUAAGGUUAGGUGACAUUGAGCCCUUGAUAUCAGGCCUUUGUGGGCAGGAGGGAGAGUCUCAGCCCCUCAUGAGUACUUGUCCAGCCAGUCUCCAGUGGGUGUUCUCUUUCUAUCACCCAGAAUCGUCACUCUGCCCUGGCCUACAAGGGGUAUAUAGUGUCAAAGGGAAAACCACCGAGGCAGGGGGUUGUAGGAAUCCUCCACUGUAAUAGCUGCAGAGGGGAGCACUGGGCUGGGCCUCCUUCAUGCAGUCCUGCACAGCUCUGGAGCCCUCACCCUCAGAGGGCUCUGGCCAGAGCUGGGGUUAUGGUCAUUACCCAUGAGCAGGGCUGUCCCCGGGGAGGGGGAGGGGUCGUGGUGCCCCCACACAGUGGGGCAAAGGCUGACCACAUCCCAGGUCCCAUCCUACCCUCUGCAAGUUUAGGGAACCUCUGCUCCCAGCUGGUGCUGACUGCUUUAGUUGUCACGGCAACCCCAUGCAGCUGCCCCCCAGCAGCAGCCUGGUUGAUUUAGCUCUUCCCCAGGGUCUGGGAGCUGGCGGAGCAGUAGAGCCUUCUGUGCCUUUGCUGGUACCUUUCAGGUACACAGCAAGGAGGGCCAGCAGGUGGCGCCAAGCUCACGUGGUCACUGCUGGGAGGAUGAGGCUGCUUCUUUGGUGCUGCCCCAAGUGACUGGUGACGAGCUCUUACCCUCCUGAGCCAGGGCUUCGUCAGGGUCCGCUCCCUCCACUCUGCUCUCCAGCUUUGCUGAGCUGCACUGGGUGAGGCAGUGCCAUCUCCGUGGCUAAGGCUAGAGGUCUGGUGGGUCCCCAGCUCACCUUCCCUGCACGACACCCAGUUUCUCCUGGGCACCCACUGCUGCUGUCCUCCCGCCUCCCCUGGCGCUCUGCUGGCUCCUCAUUCGCAGCCUCUUCUGGCUGGUCCCUGCCCUCAGCAACCUCCCUUGGUCCACCCACGUGCUGCCACCUCCCAGAUCCUCAUCGCCAGCUUCAACCAUCUCUGAGUUCCAGCCACCCAAUGGCUGCUCUGCUUGGACACCUCACUGUGUCCCUCAUGCAACAUGUUCCAAGCUGAGCUCCUGAGAUGCUGAUCCCCAGAAUCUAUAUCCGCUUAGUGGUGCCAUACUUUGGGGCUCAAGCCUCUCCCUUGAGGAGUCUUGGCCUGGGCCCGCCCUUGUCCCAUCCUCAUUGGUCAGGAAGUCCUGCAGAUAGUCUGGGCCCUGCCCCCUACCUUGACUGCCCAUUGACCGAGAAGCCUGGCCCCUCCCCAGCUCUGCGGUUCCCACAGUGCCCUUCCCCAUUACAGGAAGAUCCCUUUCCACGUGUCGUGUCGUGUCGUAGGCUCCAGGGAGGGACCUGGGAUGGAGCUGACCCAGUGCCCAGAGCAGGGUCUGGCAAAGCUGGGCGGCAUUGGUGGUGUGGACAGGCCUGUAAAGGGGCCCAGUGUGGGGAGAGCACCUCGUCCCUGGGGGCAGGAGCACAGGACUGCUCUGGAUACCAUGAGGACUGGAGCCCCAGAGAGCAGCAGGCAGGCACCUGGGCUGCUCCCACCGGUCUGCCACUUGCAUCUAAUUUCUGGUCCUCCUGGAGGCAGAGAGGUUUCUCCCCACUGCCUAAUCUCCCCACCCUGGGAGAGCCCCACAGACAGCAUUUCCAGCCAGAAAUUACAACCCCAUCCCAUCCAGAACUAAAUGCCUAAGGGGUGUGCAGCAGAGGGGCGGGGGCGGUGGCUCACUGACGCCCCCUCCGUCCCUCAGGAGCUGGUGAGCAAGCUGCUGCACUUGCAUUUUAAAGACGACAAGACCAAAGUCAGCGGGGACGCGCUGCAGCUCAUGGCCGAGCUGCUCAAGAUCUUCGUUGUGGAAGCGGCCAUCCGCAGUGUCCGGCAGGCCCAGGCAGAGGACCUGGCCCAAGUGGACGUGGAACAGCUGGAGAAGGUGCUGCCUCAGCUGCUUCUGGACUUCUAGGGGUUUCCACCCUCACUGUGGCCACC